AUGUCUUCAAGUAGGCCGCCGUUGGCGUCUAUCAUCCCCAAGAAAAAAACGUUAAAUCGUCUACUUUUUGACGCAGAUAGCAGACUCGCAUACAGAAAGAUCAUGCCAGUCUUGUCCAGUGUCUAUUCCCACCUCGACGAGCCAAGCAAAAUCCAGUUGCCGUCAUAUACUCAGCAUGAAGACCUUAUGGCGCUCCGGUCGAUAUUACAGAACUUGCGGUCAGUAACAAACUCCAUCAAUAAGAAUUUGGUAGACUUGGAAAAUGAGUUGGUUGAACAGGCUGCAGAACUUGGCAAUUCAGACGCCAUCGCAAUGUUAGCAUUCGAGGCUGUAUCACUGAAAGAUACUCUGAAAGAUGAUUAUGAGUAUGCGAACGAGUUGAUCCGCCAGUUGACUGAGAGUAAGCACCCCUUGGUGUUCAAGUUGGCAGGAGACUUUGCUUUCUCCAAAAAUUACCAUGAGCAAGCUGCACAAUAUUGGUUCCAAUUCUUGGAGCUCGAGGAUAAAACUAUCCUUGCCAGCCAUGUGUAUCUGAACUUGGGUGUUUACUUUUACCACUAUUCCAAGCCUCGACCAGACUUGACUAAGGCCAAGUUGUGUCUUGAAAAGGCCAUCAAGUAUGGUGAACUCGACACUCACAUUGUCAAGGCACAUUACUAUUUGGGCCAAUUGUACUCCAUAACAGAUCCAGUGUUGUCACGGUACCAUCUAGAAGUCAGUGCAUCCCGUGGUUUACAGGAGAGUUUCCCUUCGUUGGGAUUCUUGGAGCUCAAUGUUUUUGAUAACAUUCCAAAGGCACUUGAAUGGUUCAAGCUUGGUGUCGAGGCCAACUCCGAUAUUUCAUGUUUAGUGGGUCAGUUUGAUGCUCAUUUCCGUGCUCGUAAGCAUACUCUUGCAAUGAACGUUCUUUCUAAUUUGGAGAGUUUGAAAGUCAAAUUGGAUAAAGUUCUACGAAAUGGCAUGAAUAACGUUCCUGGUGCGUAUAAGGAGAUUGCAAAGUCUAAUCAUGUAUUGUUGUCGACGUUCUUCGAGACACGCAAGGAUCAAAUCCGUCAGUUGUCUAACUAA